CUUAAGUAGGCGGCUCCAUAACACAUCUGGGGUAGUAAGAAGGUGCCGACCUUGUUUAGCCAAAAGAGCCUUUUUGAAAUCGGCAAAAUUUUUGAAGCCUAGCCCUCCCUCCAACUUCGAGGUGCACAAGAUCUCCUUUCUGCAUUAAUGGAGAGUACUCUUUUUGCAUAGAAUCUUACCAGUGAAGUUACUCAAAAUCGAAUCCUUCUUCGUAAUGACCAUUAGCAAGAGAAACAAGCAAAUGAUAUAGGAAGGGAUAGCUUAAAUAAGAGCUUCAGAAGAAUUUUCUUUCCUCCAUGGGAUAUAAGUAAGAUUUCCAAGCUCCCCCAUUUUCUAUAUUCUUUGAAUGAGGAAAUAGAAAGUCUCCCUCUUUGAGUUUCCUCAUUCUGUUGGAACCCGAGAUAUUUUGAGUGAGAGUUGGAGGUAGCAAACCUGGAUGUGAGCAGUGAUAUAUACUUUUUCAUUGUUAUAUGAACUUCUUGGCCCUUGAUAGCCUCGUAGUUAAUGAUAAUGUCCAUGAUUCUCCCCACCCCUUGUUGAUUAGCAUUCCCAAAAACCAUUGUAUCAUUAAUAAAAAGGCAACGAGUGAGGACCGGACAUCGAUGAUUAAGUUUAAUACCGUAGAUUUUUCUCCUCGGGAACCUCUUUUUCAAUCAGGAAAGUCAAGGCAUCAAACAUUAAGAUAAAGAGAAAAGAGGAAAGAAGAUCUCCUUGUCGAACACCUUGAGACGGGCUAAAGGGCUUUGUGGCUUCUUUGUUGCACAAAAUGGAGAAAUAUAUUGCUAAGAUAAAAGCUCUAACCCAUUUGCACAAUCGAUCGUCAAUACCAUACUUGUCGAGAAGACUUUCCAAGCAAUCUCAUUCAACCAUAUCAUAAGCCUUCCUCAUAUCCAAUUUAAACAUAAAUAUUAGGGCCAGAUUCCCACUUCCUAUGUGAAUUUAUUUAAAGAAUCAGAAUAUAGUUAAUUACUUUGUAUUUUAAAAGGUUCAUAACGUGUUCAAUAACGAACAUGUAGCAUAUUUGGUAAACAAGUACUAGAAGGGGAAUUUUUGGGUUGUUGUUGGAGAAGGUCCAAGUAGUAACAAUCUUUGGAUGGAAAGGUGGGCGGUUAAACAAAACAGAUAGAUUGGAUAAAACUUUAGGAUUAGGAGUGGAGUAUUGGACUAUUAUUGGUUGUUGAAACUGUACUUCAAUCACAAAUCAGCAGCUCUCUUCUUCGCCCACCAGCCAGCCAGCCAGCCAACUACUACUGCUCUAUUUUCCUCCCCCAUUAGCUUCCUUUCUCAUCAUCUAUGGAAAAUGAGCCAUUCCUCUCUACCCAGCCGCAGCUCCAAGCAAUCCCAGAGCUCUCCUCCUUCGCUUCUCUCCCUGAGCCUCUCUCCACUCCCCUCAUCUUCCAUGAAAUCGAGCCCCACCAGCCUCCGCCGCCGCCCCUUCAGACGACGUCAUCUUUCGAUUCUUCCCCUCCGGCAACGACCCAUCUCCGGAAAAUCCGAUCACUCCAGCGCUCCAAGACAGCUCCGGCCAUGGUGGUCAUGCGGGACUUGAAACCCACCAAAACCCCUCAGUUGCCCCGACCCAAUUCCGAUUCCACCAGCUCCAUCGUCAGGCGAGCAAUCUUCCUUCUCUCCCUCUACCUCUCCUUCGGGGUCAUAAUCUAUUCGCUUAACCGGGACAAAUUUUCCGGGUCGGAGACCCACCCGGUGGUCGACGCGCUCUAUUUCUGCAUCGUCACCAUGUGCACAAUCGGGUACGGCGACAUCGCCCCCUUAACCCCUGGUACGAAGGCCUUCGCCGUUGUGUUUGUACUGUUUGGUUUCGGGUUCAUUGACAUACUGCUGAGCGGGGUGGUCAAUUACGUCCUUGAUUUGCAAGAGAGGAUGAUCCUGGCCGGGAUUCAGAUGGGGAAAUCGCAGCAGCAGCAGCAUCAUCAUCAUCGUCAUCACCAUCAUCGGGAUAGGUUUUCGGCGAGGAAUUACAUCGUGGAUGUUGAAAAGGGUAGGAUGAGAAUCAGGUUGAAGGUUGGCUUGGCGCUUGGGGUUGUGGUUUGUUGUAUUGGAAUGGGAGCUCUGGUUCUUUGUUCUGUGGAAGGUUUGGAUUGGGUUGAUUCGAUUUACUUGGCAGUAAUGUCUGUUACCACAGUCGGGUAUGGUGAUAGGGCGUUCAAGACGUUGCCUGGGAGGCUGUUUGCAGCUGCUUGGCUUCUGGUGUCGACGCUGGCGGUGGCCAGAGCUUUCCUUUACUUGGCUGAGUUCAGGGUCGAUAAGAGGCACCGGAGGAUUACCAAUUGGGUAUUGCAUAGGGAUAUCACAGUUGAGGAUUUGCUUGCUGCUGACAUGAACAAUACCGGGUUCAUUAGUAAAUCGGAGUACGUGAUAUACAAGCUCAAAGAGAUGGGGAAGAUUGGGGAGAAAGACAUAUUGCAGGUCUGCAACCAGUUCACCAAGCUUGAUCCUAACAACUUGGGGAAGAUCACAUUGCCUGAUCUUUUGGAGAAUCGCUUGUGACAAAUAUACAAUGAAGCCUCUGGUAUGCAUUGCAGGCACUCUGAUUCUUCCCUCUGGUAUUGGUAAGCAGAAAGUAGAUACAUACAUACAUAAUGUAGGAGAGGCAAACAAACAGCCUUUUCAGAUCAAUGUAAGAUGGAAUUUAGCAAAGAAAUCUUAUGAACACCUUUGAUUGCUAGAGAAUUUCAUUCUCUCUCUCUCUCUCUCCUCUCCCGGGUAGAUUUUGUUGCACCCAAUUCAUCAUCUCCCUCGAGACAACUGAUAGGAUCAUAAUGUACAGUAGUUCGAGGAGAUCGCUAGUUGUACGUUCUUAGCUAGAACUAUAGAACAUUUGUACUCGGGUGUAUUUAUUUGCUAUAAUAUAGAUAUAACAUUUAG